AUGUCGACCAAGUAUCCAUCUCGAGUGGAUCAACAAGCACUGCCGGCUGAAUACCGAAGCUGGCCGAGAAAGCACGACCGCAGAUCGGCACCUCGAGAUGCCCGGCAAUCUUCUUUCACAGGGAACAAACCACGGAAUGUACAGGACGCUGAAUCUGACGAUGAUGGAUUCGACACCUUCACUGUCGCUCAGUCACAGGUUGACAGACGCCGUGAAGCUUUGCGUCAAAUCCAGUCAAGCCCGGCUAUGGAGAAGAAGCCAACAAGUCGACUUGCGAUGCUUGAUGAGCAUAGCCAAGUCGCUACCCAGGAGCGCUUCAUUGCACCAUUUUCACCCAUACGAAGAACGUUUCAAGUUGAAGAGUCCAAGAGCCAAGGGCAUUUUCAGGGAGAUACUGUCGUACUGUCGGAGGAUAUUGCUGCUGAGUCCGUACUGCCGGGCAGCCCGCCAAAGCUUUCUGCUCCUCAAGAACAAACCCAAUUUCUCCCUUUCCCCCAAGACUCACCUCACUUGCCACAAGGUCUGAAGCGUUCAGCGACCACCUUAGCAUCCCUUCUUGCGGUCCCCACCCAAAAAUCCUACUCCUGCCCGCCCCUCUUUGUCCUCAUAUCCUGGGUCUCCCCGUCCAUAAUCCACCGACCUAACACGCCCUUCCCGCCAAAGCGCCAUCUCAAGAUUCACGAUCCGAGCAUCUCCAAUCGAGUUUCGGGGCUUACUGUCGCCGUAUUUGUGGAUGCUCUAGCAUUUCUACCCGAAGUGGGGACGCCUGCUUUGUUCAAAGGUCUUGUCAUGAACCGGGUUAGAAGUCGAGAGGAUGUGAUAUUGAAUAGGUAUCCCCUGAAGGUGGACAGCCAGAAGUCAGAACGCAGUGCACUGGGUGAUGCUGAUAGCAAGGGCACAGAAGAAGACUGGUUUGUUAGUGACGAGUGGAAGUUGAUCGAGAUGGGCUACGACGUUGAGCAUAUGAAGAAGUGGUGGGGAGAGAGAAACGCUUCACGAAAGGACGGAGAAAGGAGAGAUAGGUAG